AUGGUAUCCACUUGUUCUCCAACUCCUCCAACAGUUCCCUGUGAUCCGCUUGGGAUUAACUUUGAGAUUAUGAAUCAGAUUUCCGUAUCGCCACUAAGCUCUCACGAAAACGAGAACAUGGAUAAUAUGCUCCAUUCGCAAUCACCCGGAUUAGAGUUGUCGAUCGGGGAGAUUACUGUUGCUUCAGCCGUAGCCAGCGAGAAAGCCCGAAUUCGACAGCAGUCUGCAAUGCUGGACAAGUUUGAGUGGUUAAUGGCCAACGGUGGAAAUCUUUAUCCGUGUCGCGAAGACAAGGAAAAACUCGCCGCACAAAUGAAAAUGACCUAUUUACAGGUGAGUAAAUAUCUGACAAUUUAUUUUUUGUCUUUUAAUUUUUUUCUGCUGUACUGAAU